AUCAACCGGAUAGUCCAUAUUUAAAUCGUACUAUAUAAGCCACCCCACGGUAGAGAUGGCACUGCAUUAGUUCUUCUGACUUGGAGGAGAUUGGAGUUAGAGUGAGGUUUUUUGUUUUCGGUUGCUGUCACCGCCGUAGAAUGAAGUGUUUUAUUUUGUUGGCACUGGUGGGUUGUGCCUUGGCGCAGAACGAGAAGGUCAGGUUCAACGACGGCAAGUACUACCCGGAGUACUUUGGUAACGCUGGCCGUUACAACCCUGCCAACGACGGCAAGUACCGACCGGACAACAGCGGAGCCUACCGACCGGAUGACUCUGGCAAAUACAGCGGCAAAUAUGUUCCCUACGUCGAUGGCAAAUACGGUGUUGGUGGACAGGGCGGAGCUGGAGGUGCUGGAUCCGGAUUUGGCGGCCAGGGCGGACAAGGAGGACAAGGAGGUGCCGGCAAGGGUUCCGGAGUAGGAAACCGUUUCGGAGGUGCUGGAGCUGGAGCUGGAGCCGGUUCCGGCGCUGGCCAGAAGGUCGUUGCCACCGUUAUCACCCCACCCAAGAAGUCCCCCAAGAUCCAGUCGUCGUCCUCGUCCGGCGCCGGCAGCGGCUUCGAUCGCAUCAAGGAACAGGUCAAGCAGUACAACGAUGAUGGCUACUACUACCGUUACCUGACCGAGCAGGACGCCCAGGUCGCCGAAACUGGACGCAUCGAGGACCGCAACACCGACAGCGAAACGCUCCGUGCCAAGGGCUUCUACGAGUACGUUGGUGAUGAUGGCGUCCGGUACCGUGUGGACUACAACGCUGACGAGAACGGAUUCGUGCCCCGUGGUGCCCAUCUGCCGACGCCACCCCCGAUCCCGGAGGCUAUCCUGCGAGCUCUCGAGUACGUGCGAAACCUGCAGCAAAAAAUGAAGUGCUUGAUCGUGUUUUCGCUGGUCGUCGUGGGCUGUGCGCUGGCCCAGAACUUCAACGAUGGACGCUACUAUCCGGAACAGUUCGCUGGCCGGUACGACGACGGAAAGUACCGUCCGGAUGGCAGUGGCCUGUACCGUGGACAGGACGAUGGCAAGUACCGCGGUGGUCAGGGAAGUCGUGGAGGAUCAGGAUCGGGCUCUGGUAACCGUUUCGGAUCGGGAUCCAGCUCCGGCUCUGGUUCCGGCAACCGCUUCGGAGGUGGUGCCCCCGUCAAGGUGAUCCCAGCCCCAGCUCAAGUGUUCGCCCCGGUUGCCCCGGCCAAGCGAUUCGGAGGUAACUCGGGAGCCUCGGGUGACCAGAUUGGAAUCAAGGAGCAGACCCGUGAGCUGAACGAGGACGGCUACUUCUACCGGUUCCUGAACGAGAACAACAUCGAGGUGGCCGAAUCGGGCCGCAUCGAGAACCGUGGUAGCGACAACGAGGUGCUCCGUGCCAAGGGCUUCUACGAGUACAUUGGAGAUGAUGGUGUCCGUUACCGCGUGGACUACAUCGCCGACGAGAACGGUUUCCAGCCGACGGCCGACCAUCUGCCGACUCCGCCGCCAAUCCCGGAGGAGAUCCUCCGUUCCCUGGAAGCGCUGCGACAGUAAUGAUGUCCACAUCACUUUGCUCGAAGAGAUUUGAGGGAAACUGUCGAAGAAAAAGCAAAAAGGUGACCUGACUGUGUUCGUGAUUACACAAAGUUAUGCGUAACAUUUAGAGUAAUAAAGUACAAACGAUUAAUUUUUACAACAAA